AUGGCACUUCACCGACUAACUUCCAAAUCCAUAAUCAAUGGAUCACACACAUUUCUCAACAAUGCAUGGAUUUGCAGAGGGUUUGUCUCUGCCACCGCGCCAUCUCACAAAGAGAAGAUCGAUAAAGAAACGUGCGAGAAGGUUAUAGAAGCAGCUGAAACGGUGAAAGAGGGAUCGAAAGAUGUGGUUAAGGAAGUCAAGCGCGUCGGCGAAGCUAUCACCGAAAAGGUCACCAAGGCUACCGGAAAUAUGAUGGCUGAUGCGGUCAAGAAGGGAUUUGAACACGCAGCGGAUAAAGCGAAGAGUAAAAAAAGCAAAGAUAUAUUAGACACCGGCAAAGUCGUCGCCCAAGCCAUAAAAGAAAGGAUUGAUAAAAAGGAUAAAUGA